CUCACGUCAAGACCACGCAAAGAUGAGCUUCGUCACUCGCCGAGGUCUCUCGACCUUGAUCCCUCCCAAGAUUGCUUCCCCCAACGCCAUCGGCGCUGCCAGAGACGCCGCUCGCAUGGACCGUGUUGUGAACUUCUACGCCAAACUUCCCCGUGGUGCUGCUCCUGAGGUUAAGCCCACUGGCCUCAUCGGACGCUACCAAGCUCGCUAUUUCGGUAGCAAGCCCUCUGCUGCGCCCCUCGCCCACGCUAUCGGUGGUAUCCUCAUCCUCGGUUACAGCAUGGAAUACUACUUCCACCUGCGCCACCACAAGAACCACCCUCACUAAAUUUCUCCCAGCAGGUGUUGGACGUGGGGGAUUUGUGUAUAUAUCGUGGGCCUAGAACGGAUCGUAGAAGCAGAAUACCUGUGAUAUUUACAAUUCAAACCUUUGUGACAUUAUACUAUAUUUUCGAGUGUGUUUGGGAAUGUAGUAUGUAGUAUAUCUUAUUCCAUGUUCUACUUGUAGAGUAUUUCGAAGUCUGGUUGAAUCCGGAAUGCCGGGCGCGGUUCAG